UUUUAUUUUAUUUAAAUGAGAGCGAGGACAUAGCAAGGCGUCCAGAGCCGUGGAUGACCAGGAAGGUGUCCGGCCCGUCUCGGUGAACCAUGGCCUACCAGCUGUACAGAAACACCACGCUGGGCAACAGCCUUCAGGAGAGCCUGGAUGAGCUCAUACAGUCACAGCAAAUCACGCCUCAGCUGGCCCUUCAGGUGCUACUUCAGUUUGAUAAAGCUAUAAAUUCGGCACUGGCACAACGAGUCAGGAACAGAGUCAAUUUCAGGGGGUCUCUGAACACAUACAGGUUCUGUGACAACGUAUGGACAUUUGUACUGAAUGACGUUGAAUUUAGGGAGGUCACUGAACUUGUGAAAGUGGAUAAAGUGAAAAUUGUAGCGUGUGAUGGAAAAAACACUGGUUCCAAUACUGCGGAAUGAAUAGAACUGUGGUUUGUCUGCAAGAUUUUCUGUUAAUAUGCAGCACUUUCUGGAGAGAAGCAUGGAAAGGGACUGUGUUCAUACUGAAUUCUUGUGAUGCAGUUAUGAGUUAAUCCAUACUAGAAAGCGUCACAGAGCAACAGCAGAAGAAAUACCUGUAGCAUUUCUUCAGUUCACCUUAUAGGGCGUGAAUACAAUGUUACUUUUUUUUUUUUUAAUUACAACAGAUACUGUUGCCUUUUUUUGUUCGAAAUAAUUUCUGUAAUAAACUUUUAUUUAAAAACUU